CAACUAUCCGCCCCCCUCCCCCUCCAAAGUACAGCUCCCAGCUCUAGUGGAUUCACGUUGUUCACAUCUGCGCCCGCACUGCACCGCGUCUCCUGCGAGCGCCGAAAAAGGCUGACGUACAAUCCCUGCUCCCCCCAAAAGCCCACCUUCAACACGCCUUUCCUUUGCCUUGUUGGACCUCAGCCUGCACCUCGCUAUCGUUACCGUCACCUCGACAUCUUAGCGCCACUCUCUCAUUCUUUUUUUUCCAUCCUCCAUUCUACCUCGACGACGGAACUGCUGCCAAGCCUCGUCACCAGUCUUCAUUCACUUCAGAAAAUUAGCACAUCAUCACUGCCCACACGUACUUUGCCAUCCGCUUUGAUCAUCACUACGGACAGGGGAAAAAACCACAUGCUAAUUUUGGCCAGCUGCUGCCGAGUCGUCUCUCGCGCCCGAGUGACGUCUCUGGAGCUCCAGGAUCCGCGUUGCAACACCUCAUUGCACCAGCCAGAUGGACCAGCCUACAGGAUCUUCGGAAGCAGAACGCGCGGUCUCCUCAGAGCCUAGCUCAACGAGACCGAACCCUUUUACCGAAGGCGACGAUUCUUCUCGGAAACGGCGCCGAACCUCGAUGUCUGGCGGCUCUCGCAGCCUCUCUGUCGAAACCACAAAGUCGGACCGCGAUACUUCAAGCUCCUCCAACGCACACCACGCCGACGACGCUGCCACACAAGACUCUGCCAUGAAAAUAGACACCAGCCCCUCCACGCCGCAGACGCCAGAGCGGCAGUCGACUGCACCAGAGCCCGCAACCGAGCCAGCUUCGAGCCGGGUCACGAUAAACCUGCGCAAUACUGCCCAGCCCGAGCCUUUCUCCUCAUCCCCCGUCUCCCCGACGCCGCACACAUUGCCAGGCCGGCCGACCGAACCACCAGAGAGGUCCAAGAAGAGUCUGGAAGACUUGGAAGAAGUUGACAUGGGUCAAGCUCCCAUUGAGAUCACAGACACCCCGCCUUCUUCCUCUUCAAGCCCGCAGAGUCCUGAGGUGGAAGUGGUUGCCAUACCUGACGACGAUCAGGAUGCUCCGUUCGACGAGGAGGUCGGCAUCAUUCGCGAGGAUGCGGCGUCCUUUGAUCCGACACCCGAUUUCCCAUACCAUGAUGCCCAUGAGUCGUUGCCGGAAACGGUUGGAAAGCUGGUUAACUACCUCUCUUCUCAAGCGCCGCCAGAGGAGGGUGUUUUGGAGUCUCUGCGUUCUUGGACAAUCCAAUACACAAAAUACGUCGGUAUCGUCGGGACGAGAGCCGCCUAUGAGUCUCAAGUGGCUUAUCAUACAUUCUGGCACAUGUUUCCAGAGAUUGCAUGGGUAUUGUCUAACAGAAAACAACCUGUCUCUGCGGAAUGCCGGCAGAUCAUCGCCGACUUCUUCAUAGCCUACUCGAGAAUGGCCGCCUACUUCGUUGAAUUCGAUCUUCUCACUGCUCAGGCAUUCCGGGCAUCCUCAGACGACGAGCCCCGCCAACCAGAGUUCCUUCUUUACCGGUUUUUACAGCCACUGACAUCCUUCGCCAGAAGAGAACACAAUCGAAUCCAGAAUGGUCAGCUACAUGAAGAAGAGAUGCUUGGUACGGAGAUGAUGAAUACAUUUCAGUCGGGAACCGGAAGUAUCAAAGGGUUGAUCAAGCUCGCCCAGAUGCAUGUGAGCAACACGUCGAAGUACCAGCAUCUGAUGGAUGUGCUUUCACCCAUUUGCAACGUUGCGGCCCUCAUCCUCCAGAAGACCAUUCAAGGCAUUUACCCUGAUGCCCCUUCUUCGAGCCUGGAAACUGCGAAAAACCGCCUGGCGGACGGCCAUACCUUGUACCACCUGGUUGCGGAUGCCUUGCACAGAACGAUUGAAAACAAGGUGACACAACUCUCGAACGAAAUGACGCAGGGUCUUGUCACUUCCCUAUCGGAUAUCCUCAAAAUCUCCUUGGGCAGCGACCAUAGACUGGCUACAGAGCGGCUCAAAGCACACCGGCAAGCACAUCCCGACCUGCCCCAUCGGUUCACGCCGGAGGCCAUCUCCUCGGAAUGGCGAUUGGGCGUGUUUGGGAAGCUGAUCACGUCAAGCCAGAUGCAACUGCGUGUUAUGGCGGCCUCGACCAUGUGUCAUGAUCUGGUCACAUGCUGGAAAAGGUACAAUGACAACGAAGACGAGGACUGCAAGCUCUUUUUGAACUACGUGGCUGAAUAUCUUCUUGGGACCAAGCUGGUCGACUACAUCCUGGGUCCAACCUGUCAUCCCGAAAUUACCGUCGAGAGCGGCAACAUCGUGGGCUUCUUGGUGGUCACCCGCUUCUACCGCAGCGAGCAAACAGACUUGCUCUGGCAGACAAUCACGACCACGCAGGACCCACGUGUGUCAGAAGCCCUGAUUCGUAUGACAACGACCAUCGUCAAUCUGUUCUACAAAGAGGAGCUGCUCUACUUGUGCGAAAAGUUGCAAACCUUACCGAUAGAAAACUUCACCCCGCCCGUACGAGGCCUUUGCGAGAACAGCCUCAGAGCCCUCCAGACUAAGAUUCAGCUCGCGGGAGAAAACCAGAGCGUCCUGCCGCUGAGGAUCUGCAUCCGGCUUCUGCGGGAGUCCUCGGUAUACGUUUCGGAUUCGGCUGUUGCUCAUCCCGACGUUCACCACUUUGCUUUAAACAAACUGAGAGAGCUCGUGAGAGAUGGCAUUGAGCCUGAAAUUCGCAGAGAAAUCUAUCACGACUGCAUCAAGGACAUAGCCUCGAAAACGCCCACGACAUUAGGAACCUUGUCGUGCCUUUCGGUGGCCUUGCGGCCCGCUGUGGCUUCAGAGUUGCGCGUGCUGACCACGGAACACAACCUGACCCUGUUGCUGGUAGACGAGCUUGAGCAUGCGAUCAAGCAAGGCAAGCAAGCUGGCAUCCGAAGGAUUAUUGGUGGAACCUUUAACCAUCCCCGCAGGGACCUCAUUGCAAACAUUCUGGUCCACGAGCCCUCCACAAUUACAUCGGGCCUUGGACCGCGCCUAUGGGACAUGCUUGUUGGUCAUGGCGCCGCCUGUCAGGACGAUCGGGACGAUGGAUGGAAGAUCCUCAACGCCACCCCAAAGACGGCCCACGGAAACCCGUUCCUUUCGGUCUGCUUCAGUGAGUAUCUGCCAAGUCUUCCUCGUGACUGCCUCUGCGGAGGUGCUCUGGAGUUUGUGAGGAACGCAGUGCUCCCUCGCGUCAACGAGAUCAACGACAUCAUUUUGGAUGAUGGUGAAAGUCUUGCGCAGAGUGGGGUCGAGCAACUCUGGCGUAUGAUUCUCGAUGCCGAGGAUGCCGCAAUCGUGGCCAAGGAAAUGACACUAGUUGAUGCCGCGAUCCAGACGCUUGUGGGCGACAUCUAUGUCGACAGCGAGUCCAUUUUGGCGUACCCGCACCACAGGGCUUGUCAGGUUCACUUGGGACUUGUAGCUCGCUGCCUUGAGCAAAUGGAAGACUCUGCGAAGAGGCUGGAGGCUUUCAACGACGACACCCGGAGCGGUGACGAUGAGCCCAUGGUUAUUGUGGCAACCGAAGAGCAGAUGCUGGAACAGGAACGCAUUUUCACACGAUCUCUUGCAGUUCUUCGGCACUUUUUGAAUGCGCACCAGGCCAAGGCUCAUUUCUCUGCACCCGACCUUCGUGCUCUGACGCCUGGCUCGCCAAGCGUGGCCGAAGGUGAGCCUGCUGAGCUCAAAUUUCAGUCUUUCGAUGGCAAUACUCAGACGGACAUCAUGCCCCUCGAGGUUGGGAGACAGAACACCGCUGCAUCUCUACUGGCGAGCAUUCGCCAAGCGACUGGCUUCGACAACUAUCGGAUCUACUACCGGGGUCACCCCUUCGCUCCCAACGAAAGCGAUGUCUGCCGGUCUCUCGAAGAAUUGAAAAUCCACGACGGCCUAAUCUUGGUCAAACGGGAGGAGACUGGCACAGCCAUGGCAUCUAGGAUCAAGCCAGGCGCCUCCCUGUUGGAGAUUGAGAUCCUGGGCCACUUCGAUCAGCUAUGGAACUACUUGAGUAUGCAGGAAGUUAUUGCCGCAGAGAUUCACUCCUUCCUUACCAAAUUACCUGCCGACGCUCACAUGCUAGCUGCCUUCGACUCACCAGACACAUCGUAUCAGCAGAUUUUCCCUUCGGGGCAGCCUUUCAAGUCGCUUUAUGCCCUAUACGCCAUGACGGAGUAUAUCGCCACGGCUGGUCGUCGGCUGAGAGAAGUGCAGUCAUCUAUAUCUGAUGCAGAUGAUGCCAGAGUUGGGACAUACCUCGAAGCGCUAACCCGAGUGAGAGCCCUGGUUGUGGCGGCAAUUUCUGACCGUGACAUUCUGGUAGGCUGUGCCUCGGAAGCUCUAAAGAAUCGGUUAACGUUCAACUUGAUGAACGUAUACGGGCUGACUUUUAAAGAUCCUGAUCUCAUUGGAAUCGAGAUUCCUCCCAGUCCCGUGGCCAUAGCACCUGCGGACCGCCUCAUUGAAAUUCUCUGGUCGGCGGUCACCGCGCCAGGCCACACGAGCCUUAUUCCCCUGAUCGCAUCGACAUUCUCUGCAGUUCUUCGCAGUGCUUCCGUCGACACUGCUUUCUGGGUAUCCUUGAAAGCUGUGCCAAGUCUUGAGGAGUUGUUGGGAGUUUUGCUUUUGGAUGAGCCUUCCGAGGCAAUCCGUGCUAAUAUCGCCAAGCUCCUUGAGGAAAGGGUCAUCUCUCCUGACGAGUCUUCCCCGAAUACUAUCUCGCUCUGCGAAUUUCUCUGGCCGAUACUUCACCGGCUUAUUCCAAAGGCGGCGAAGUCCCCAAAGCAAUGCAGACAAGUCUUUGGCCUGUCUCUGUCACUUUUGCGCGAAAUGGCUUUCGAAUAUGCCUUCGUUGUAGACAUCCCUGCCUUGGCAAGCGAUUGCGGGAGGCUUCUUCUCGAGCACGAAUCAUCGGAACAACUGGGUCAUGGCGGAUACAAAGACGCCGUAGCCGACGGUUUGGUGAAGCUCUUACAGAGUUGCCUGAAUGAAGGGUCCGAUGUUGAUCUGGAGAACAGCCUGCCAGCAAACCUCGGGAAGAAGCUCUUCUGGAGACACUUGUUCCCCCCUCCUGGACAGCAUGGCUUGACUUCAAGUCGAUCCUGCAUCCUAUCGACCGAAACUAGAUCGAUUCUGUGCAAAAUCAUCUUCGACCUAGUCAGGGAUCGAGAUCGUGAGUUUACAGUUAUGCUUGAGGACCUCGAAAAGCUAGUGCCUUUCGACGAGUUCGAUAUUGACCCGUACCUUUACGAGCUACAGCCUCAGUUCGACCGAAUGUCUGCCGUGAGAGCGCCCUGCGGGUAUGCUGGACUUCGCAACCUGUCCAACACAUGCUAUCUCAACUCGCUGUUUACACAGCUUUUUAUGAACACAGGGUUCCGCCAAUUCAUGAUGAACGCUCGCGUUCCAAGCCAGGCCAACACGCAUGCGCUGCUCAGAGAAACCCGGAAGCUAUUUGCGUUCAUGCAAGAAAGUUCUCGGAAAUUCAUCGACCCAAGCUUGCUUGUCGGUUCGAUCAAGACGUACGAGGAGACAAUCAUCGAUGUACAUAACCAGAUGGACGUUGACGAGUUCUACAACCUGCUUUUCGAUCGCUGGGAAGGACAGCUCUCGACGGCGGAUGACAGAAAGGCCUUGAGGUCCUUCUAUGGUGGCCAACUUGUCCAGCAGGUUGCUUCCAAGGAAUGCGAUCACAUCUCCGAGCGACUUGAGCCAUUCUCGGCCAUCCAGUGCGACAUCAAGGGCAAGAGCACGCUUCAGGAUAGUCUCCAGGCUUACGUCGACGGCGAAAUCAUGGAAGGAGACAACAAGUACAAGUGUUCGAGCUGCGACCGGCACGUGGAUGCGGUCAAAAGGGCUUGCUUGAAGGACAUCCCAGACAAUCUGAUCUUCCAUCUCAAACGGUUUGAUUUCAAUCUUCGGACCUUGAUGCGGAGCAAGAUUAACGAUCACUUCUCGUUUCCCACGAAGAUUGACAUGCGCCCGUACACCAUCGACCAUUUGGGAUCUCCGUCUGAGUCUGGCGAAGAGGACAUCUUCGAGCUGGUCGGCGUACUCGUUCACGCAGGCACGGCAGAGUCUGGCCAUUAUUACUCGUACAUCCGAGAGCGGCCGACUGCGGCCUCCUCGGAGACAUGGUUCGAAUUCAACGACGACGUCGUUUCCCCCUGGGAUCCAGCAAAAAUGGAAGAGUCGACUUUUGGCGGCACGGAUGGGUCUGCGGAGACUGGCAUUUCCUACGACAAGACGUACAGCGCAUACAUGCUUUUCUACCAACGGUCCUCAGUUCUUAGAGCGGAGCAGGAGAAGCUGCAGAGCCUCUCGCUGACUACUCCACUGAAAAUGGACGUACCCGCCGAGGUUGCCGACCACAUCAACGGCGAGAAUGCAGUCCUACUUCGACGGCAUUGCCUCUACGACCCGAGCCACUCAAAGUUUGUGCUCCGCAUGUUCCAACAUGCAAAGAUGCGUAAUGGUGGCAAUUGCUCAAGCAUGCAUAUAAUCGAGCAACAUGCCAUGCACAUGCUUCUCGGCCACCUCGACCAGGUUGCCUCCCGGACCAAGGAUCUCCCCUAUUUCGAGCUGUUCCGUGAUGAGAUUGAGCAUGCCGUCGUCAACUGUGCUAAGUGCGCCGUGGACUUCUUCGAAUAUUUUCAGGAGAGGCAUGAGGCGUUUCGGCAGCUUCUUCAGAGAAAUCCCGAUUGCAACGUCAGAUACUCGGUCGGAUGCCUGUUCAUCACAGCCUUGCGGCAGAUCAAGACCUCCAAGCCCGAGAUCUGGGGGCUGUCCCAGGCAGACAUGGUCGAGGAUCCUGUCAUGAUGCAAGUUGUGCAAAUGUUCGAUACACUCUGGAGCAACUUCCACGCUAAUAUCCGGUCGUGGCCCGAGGUCUUCCAGACCAUCCUAGCCUUCGCACAAAUGGGUCCGCUGGAGACGGCCGUGCUUAUGUCGGAGGACUGGUUCUUCAGAGUCUUGCGCAUCGUCUUCGCUGACACCAACAUGGACCUUCCCAGCAACUACGCCCGAAUGCUGACCAAUGUCAUCCGCCGGAUAAACAAUACGCGUUCCACCUCGUAUGAGAUGAUCAUCCAGCUCAUCGACCACUUCAUGGACGCCUUGGAGGACGUUAUAGAUAUUCACACCAUUGUGGAAACACAUGAGAUGCGUUUGGAGAUCUACAUGGAGCAUCAGGCACCCAAGAUGUCUUGGACGCCCGACGAAGUAAACGUUCUCACCCAUGAAUGGAACAAAGGAACGGGCAGCACUUUUGUGAAGAAGCUGGUCGACCUCGACCAGGAGCCCAUCUACACAGCGUCCAUCAUCAAGCGCAUGAUUCACCUGAACCCCGACAUGAACCAAAAAGUAUUUUUAGCUAUUAAGAGCAUGAUUACAGGCCAAGUGGUACAGUAUUCGAUGACGCCCUACAUCAGAACCGCCGUGCUGUUCUCCGAGGAAAGUAGCAAUGCGGGCUGCGUCCAGGCGCUGUUCCGGCACGUCGCCUAUCAGUGCAGAAACCUGCAAAACACGGACGGCAAAGCCUUUCUCGACUUUUUCAGACUCGCCUACGCCAGCCUGCAGAACGAACGAGAAGAGGUUAGGGCCGCUCGUUACCCUCUGUACAUGGAGCACGUUCCCAUAUGGGCACCCUCGCUGCUGGGCUACUAUGACGCAGAGGUGCGGCGGGGGGCGGAGGAAUUCUUGUCUCUGUGGUUUGCAAACCACGAAGCGGCUGAGGACAACGACGACAGUAUGGCGGUUAUGUUGAACGCGGUGGCCCGGAGGCUUGCUAUGAACUGCCUCAUAUACCUUAGAGAGCAUGUUGUGCAGAGGCGCGCCCAGGUGGCCAAGCAGUCCACCGAACCCCUACUUGCCGUAAUUGCCAAGUGCGAGCCGUUCUUCACAAGUGGGGCGGGAGUCAACGGGAUGGGGCUCAUCAUGUACGAAGACUUCCAAGAGCUCUACCGCUCUGUUAUUGACCCGCUGCGACGCAUGACAGUGGAAGAAUUGGAGGAUGAGGGUUCCGACUGGGAGAAUUCAUGCGGAUCCUCGGAGCAGCUGGAGAGCCUUGCAGAUAUCAGCAUGCAGGCGGCUGGUGACCUGCCAGAGUCGGACCUGCAGUGACGGGAAGCCAACACAUACAUGCCUUUGACGAACUGAAUGACUACGGCAUUGCUUGAAGACGUUUUCGUUGUGCGAAAUGGUCGGAAACAGUCCGACCACGCAAGGAGUCUGGGAAAUGAGGAGUCUUCGCUUGGGACGGAUUCUGGGAUCGGCAGCACAAAGCGCUAUACAGGGUGAUGAGGGCUUCUUGCAUUUCAGCGGCGCGUCGGCGUUUUACGGACCCAGGGAUGGGUAAAAGUUUUCUUGCGUCUCAACGAGGACAGCAACGGCCAAGGGCGUGGAGUGCGAUGGUCUGGUUUCCAGCCAGCCGGCCAGCCAGCUCUUGAUCGUAAGAAAGGG